CGCCCUGCUUCUGAAGGGGACUGCUUGGGUCAGCGGCUCUUUCUCCGCCGCUCGCCACGAUGACGCUCGGCCUCCUGGUCCUCCGGCUGGCCAUCAGCAUCCUGGCGCUUCCCAUACAUCUGCUGAACUUUUUAGGCGUGUGGAACUGGAUAUGCAAACUGUGGUUUCCCUACUUCCUGUCGCGGUUCACGGUGAUCUACAACGAGCAGAUGGCCAGCAGAAAGAAAGAACUCUUCAGCAACCUGCCGGAGUUCGCAGGCCCCUCGGGGAAGCUGUCGCUGCUGGAGCUGGGCUGCGGCACCGGGGCCAACUUCAAGUUCUAUCCCCCCGGGUGCAGGGUGACCUGUGUCGACCCGAACCCCAACUUCGAGAAGUUCUUGUUCAAGAGCGUCUCAGAGAACCGGCAGCUGCAGUUCGAGCGCUUCGUGGUGGCGGCCGGAGAGAACAUGCACCAGGUGGCCGAUGGCUCUAUGGACGUGGUGGUCUGCACCCUGGUGCUGUGCUCGGUAAAGAACCAGGAGAAGAUUCUGCGCGAGGUGUGCCGAGUGCUGAGGCCGGGAGGGGCUUUUUACUUCAUGGAGCAUGUGGCAGAUGAGCGGUCCACCUGGAAUUACUUCUGGCAACAGGUUCUGGAUCCGGUCUGGUACCUUCUGUUCGAUGGAUGCAACCUCACUAGGGAGAGCUGGACGGCCCUGGAGCAGGCCAGCUUCUCCAAGCUGAAGCUGCAGCACAUCCGGGCUCCCAUGUCCUGGGCUUUGCUGCGGCCCCAUGUCUACGGGUAUGCCGUGAAAUAGUGGGGCGUCAAGAGAGACCUGAGUGGCCACAGCAGGUCAAGGCUUCAGUUUAGACGUAAAAUUCUAACUAGGAGAGGUGAAGUCCGAUUCAGCCUCACAGGUCUCUGUUUAACUGUUUUCUAUAGUGUCUCCCACCAAAUCAAAACCAAAUCAAAGCGGCUUUGAACUCCCCUUCAGAGGGACCAGUAGUCUUUCAUGGGCUUUGAUAAUGAAGCAAGGGGAACUAACAGCUUGCAAACCGAAUAAAUAAAUACCAGCCAAGUAAAAAUCCACGUGUGACUAACACAGAAAAUCUCACCUCACCCCACCCCACCCCCGGAAAAUGAAAUCUGAACCCACUGGCUGCCCUGCCCUGUGUGCUCUGGCCAGCAGCUUUCUGUCUUUUGGUUCAGUGUUUCACCGAAUCCUGCCACACUACACUCAGUUUUAUAAGUGCACCUGAUUACACCAGUGCCCCGCACCCCCCGCCCCAGAACUGCACACGACAGUUGGGAUGCAUGGGUUAACUUCCCUUUUUAUCUAGCACGUACUUAGCUGACCAUAAUAAACUCCAGGCAGGGAAAGGACUCUGCAGUUAGGGAAACACUAUGUGGGGGACUCCAAAAGUAAUCCGUGAGUGCAGUUGGCAAGGCCUGGGCGGAUUAGUCUAAUAAUCCUGAGCUAGGCAUGGUGGCACAUGCCUUUAGUCCCAGCACUGGGUGAGGGGUGGGGGUGUGCAGAUGUUAACAGAUGUAUGAGCUCAAGGCCAGCCUGGUCUACAGAGGGAGUUCUAGGAUAGCCAGAGCUACACAGAGAAAAUCUUGAAAAACCAAACCCCCCCAAAAGAAAAU